AUGUUGAACCUUAUCGACGCGCUCCCAGGCCACAUCACGCGCGGUUUCGCAGAGCAGGUCGUCGUGGAGCCUUUCUUCAAUGGCAAGACAGCGGGCCAGUGGUUCGUGGACACGGCGUUGCACUGGACGAUGCAGAGCGAGCCGCGCGUGUGGACGGCCAGCAUCCUGGGAGCUCUGGCCGACUCGGACAGGUCGUAUCCCGAUAUUUUCCUGCCCAGGGUAACCGCCCGAACCCUGAUCAUACACGGUGCGGGCGACAAGGUCUUCUCGCUGCAGGAUGCGGAGCAGGUGCGGCGCCUCCUCCGCACCAGGUCGUCCAUCGUCAGGCUGGCCGGCGAGGGCCACUCGCCGCAUUGGAGCACCCACGGCGCUGCUCGGGUCGCGGGGCUUCUCGGGGACCUGGUCGAGGAGCCUGCCAGCACGCAGGGCCUGCUGGUGUAA